AUGGUACAGCCAAAAAUUGAUCCCGAAUCUGUCCCAACUUCUUUACCAAUCUUGUCGCCUCGUGUCAACAAACAGAAAGUAGAUAAUACUCCACAGCGUACCAGGUUAACAAUCAAUAAGCGCCCAGAUGAAAGUGUUAAAGAAUGGGCUACUCGUCUUGCCGAUAGAUCAGACAAAGUUAAUCAUACGAAGCAAAAUCGAAAUUGGUUGCGCAGAAGAGGAGAAAAUCUCAAAAGUUGUAUAGAAAAUACAUUCUUAUCCAUUUUACGAUCAGAUCCAGAAGUAUGGCAAGAAAGAGAACGAAUUGGUGGCUAUAAUAUAGAAAGGAGAGAUGAAAAUGGAGGCAUCGUUACAUAUAUUACUCCAGAUUUGGAUGAGUUAAAUGAAAUUAAAGAUAGCAUAAGAAAAAUAGCACCCCAUUUAUUAACAAAAUCUUCAUCAUCACAACCUCUUAAUCAAAUCCCACAGAUUGAUCCGGAAGCUGGUCCAGGUCCUCAAACCCAAGUUCAUCGUGAAGGUAGACUUACUGAAUUAGAAAAAAUAGUAACUCAACGAACCACGCCAUUAGAUAAUACAGAAUUGCAACCUGUUCAAGAAUUGCCUAUUUACAAAGGCAAAUUUCUAGAUUUAGAUGUAGAAAUAUCAUGGCCAAUUCCAUUUCCAAAUAAUGAGGAACACCGUGCAAUAUGGCAAAAUGGAAUUCAGACUGCGAAGGACAUGUUUAAGGUAGAUGGAGCUGAAUAUGCUUUCUCAACCUGGUUUACAGAAGUUAAAGAGAUCGAUUUGGUUAGUGCAAUAUUAGAAGCGGAAGAUGAAGAUAAAGCUAUGCAGGAAGUAUUUUUACAAUGCCUAUAUCGAAAUUAUUCAGAAAAAGAAAUUAAUGAAAUCAUAAAAUUUGCAGUAGAUGCUUAUAGAGCAUCAGAUAAAGGAGAUAAAAACUGGUUGAAAAGAGUGAAAUAUCAAAUAGAGCCAAGAAAAUUCGAAGCAGGGAUGACUGAAGAGCGAGCCCAAGAAAUUUUAAAUGUGAUCGAUAAUAGUGAAUUCUUAAUAAGGGUAAAGUUUAUUCGAAAUGAUUAUAUAUAUGGAAAUGAACUUCAAACAAAGAUGGUCUUUAAAAUUAUUGAUAAAUAUGAGCCUAUUCGUGAAUCAAAAAAGGCAGGUGGAAAAUAUGUCGGGGGUGGUCCAAACGUUAUACUUACAAAGAAAACGAAACCAGGAUUUUGGGUAGGAAUAGAUGAAAAAUUUCUGGUUAGAGAAGUUAGUGAGCAAUCUGAGGUAGGAGAACUUGAUAGUAAUGCAGUAGUUUAUGGAUUAUAUCGAAUUCGAAAACCAGAUAUUAAUCGAUUAAUGCCCAUGAAAGAUGGAGCACUUAAUUGUGUGGCUCAACGAGUAGUAGAGCAUUUUGAUCAAGCCAAAAGAGGACAUGGACUUACAAAAAUUCGUCGGCAAAAAAUAAAUGAUUGGGAGAAAAAAAUGCGCGUUCCAGGUGCUCGAGUACAAGAUGUAGCAGAGUUAGAAAAAAUUCUCAAGCGACCAAUUACAUUACUGGAUAUUACUCAUGGCACUAUAUUUAAUAGCAAAAAAUAUCGAUCAGGUAAGUACGAAGAAAUAGAAAUGGUAGUUCAUAAUGGCCAUGCAUUUCCAAGAAAUCAACAUUUUCCAAGAGAUCGAAUGGUUGAAUAUUAUAAGGGCGAUACCUGGGAAGCUAUUAACAGUGCCCUUCAAGGUCCUCAAGCAAUCUGGCUUAUGGGAGUAGGAGAUGAAAACCAAAGAGUAUCUCAAUUUGUUUUAGAAGAUGGUCGCACAUUCAGAACAUGGAAAAAGCAUACAGAAAUUAUAGAAUCAUGUAAACAAUUAGUCGAUGAUGCGAUAAAUUGGCAAUUUCAAGAGAACAUAAUCAGUGACGAAAAGAAAUCGAUUCUUUUAGAGUCUCUCAAAGUAGUUGACUUGGCAGAACAAGUAUUUGGUGCAAAUCAUGCUGGAAGUCGACUCGCCAACGAAAUCAAUGAAUGGCAUCCAAUAUCUGAAAAAAUAAAUGAGGAUAUAAAACAAGCUUGUGUUGAGCAUGGCCACGGCGGACGCUGGAAUGCUCCUGAUUACCAUAUCAGUGACGUUGUAUGUAUUGACAUGAAAGAAUGUUAUCCGGCAAGUAUGCGAGGUCAAGGAGAAUGUACACCAUGGUUCAAUAGAUUUGGACAUCCAACGCAUUAUCUUGUUAAAGUAGCGGUAAAUGGUGAACUUCCACAGGAAGAUAUUACUGGGUUUGCACAGGUAAGGUCUUUUAAAUUUGCGUCAAAUAUACAUCCAGUAAUUCCCGUCUGGUAUGGAAAACAUUUUGCAUGUCGGAGUGGAGAAGGAUGUGCAAAAAAUAAAGGAUGGGCUCCUAUUGUACUUCUACGAUAUCUUCUCGAAGUUGGUAUUCUAGAAAAUUUAACUAUUGGAGAAGCAAUUAUCUCCCUUACACAGCAAACCAAAGUAUGGCUACCAGAAAAUCGAGAUAUUAGUUGUGCAAUUAUAGGUAAGUUUACACAGGGUGGCAAAAUUGAUGAAAAGCGUCUUACUCAUCGACUUGUAAUGGAUGAAGGUGAGCUUGAUUUCUUGAUCAAAGAUUGUACUGAUGCUGGAACUUUUGCAGGUAGGGAGAAAUGUCCACUCGGAUUUAUACUUACAUAUUAUGAGGGCCAUCAACCUCAGUACACGCAUUUGCGAGCCUCAAUGUUAGCUUAUGCUCAUAUAAACUUGUUGGAAAUGCUACGGAGAUUUCAACCAAAUGAAGUAGUGAGGAUUGCUACAGAUUCUAUAUAUGUACGAAAAGAGGCUUUAUAUAAGAUCGAAAAUAUACCGGCAUUUUUCAAGCAAGUUGAAGUAAAGUCAGAUCCAAUUUUAUGUUCACACUAUCCUUCUUGUGCAAUGUGUAGCGAUCCAGAGGAAUUUCUUAUUCCAAAAUCGGAAUAUGCAAAAUGGAUUAAAGAGUUCCAAAAAAACAAAACGCCUCUAGUAAAAUAUAAUUGUAAAAAGCAUAACCCAUUUGUUUGCAGAUUUUGCUUUGGGGAAUGGUUUUAUAAAUCGGAUUCUUGUCAGAAGCAGUUAAAUCGGCCAGAAGAGCAAGAAGUUCGAGAAAUUCAACCUGGUCAAUGGCGCGAUAAGGGUGAAAAAAUAUAUGGACCAGUUGCUGAUAUUGUAUACUGGCCAAAGAAUAGGCAUUGGGAAUCAAUCAAAAAUAUUUCUGAUAGUACAGCACCCUCAAUUCACGACCCAAUUACAAGAUGCCGAAAAACAUAUCUCAAUGGAGGGGGAGGGUCUGGCAAAACAACACGUGCAAUUCGGAUCUUUAAAAAUAUAAAUAUGGUUGUCUUUACGCAUACAAAUGCAUUAGCCAAAGAUUUUCGAGAAAAUCGUAAUGUAAAAGCUCAAACAUGGCAUAGCUUCUUUCGAUGGAAUGGUGUAGGGAAUUGGACACCCGAACGUAUGGGAGAAAAGAAAUUUCCACGAGUCAUUAUCUGGGAUGAGAUAUGUACAGUACCUAAACAUAUUCUCGAAAUGUUUAUUAACUAUUUGCUGGAACAUAAAUGUCAGGUAAUCUGUUGUGGAGAUGAUGCCCAGCCUCCACCAUUCUUUGGAGAAAUGCCUCAUGACUGGUUGAAAAAAAAUGCUAAUUAUUAUGAGGAAGUUAUAACUGAUUAUCGAGCUAAAUGUCCUAAGUUACAUGAACUCAAAAAGGGAAUGCGUCGUAAAACUAAUCGAGUGCAAUCUGAAUUAUUUCGUGGAGCAAUUCCAGUUAUAGAAAAAUGGAAUUAUUUUGAAGCUGAAUGGACACCAUCAGAUCGAAUUCUAUCAGCACAUCGACUUUCUCGAAGACUCGCAUCGCAAAUAUGUCUCAAACUUCAUUAUAUAAAAUACCCUAAUAUACCAAUUCCUUUAAUCUAUAGGCCAAGAGAUGGACGUAAACAAAACUGCCUUAUCCAAAUUCCCGGUUCAUCUGAGAAACGAGAACUA